AUGUCAGACGCCGACAAGCCGUUCAUCCUACCUCCAAGGGAGAUCGAUGAAUACCCCAGCUUUUCAGAAACCACAGAGAACUUGCGCCUCCGUAUAUCCUCUCUUACCACCAGCGAUACGAAAGCAGCUUUAGACAUCUGUCAGACCUUCUGUGUGACGGUACAGGAGGGCAUUUUGAUUGGACAUGUAUCUACGGAAGACAUGCUGGUGGCAUUGAGUCCUUUUGAUUCAGCUUCGCUCCAAGUCAUCACAGAUAUGGGGAUCAGUGGCAAGGUGUUCUCCAUGAUCCGGUCCUCUAUCGCAGAAGCUUUGGAGGCUACGCAACUGAGCAGACCUCAUGCUGUACCAGACGAGAUGUGGGCAGCAAUGUUCAAGUUUGUCGCGGCUAUCAACGGCCGAUUUCACGACGUGAGCUGCUUCAACAGGUUACUUACCACGAUGCCCGAGUCCGUCAGGGCAACCAUCUCCGACGAUACCCUUUUCACAUACACGAAGACAUUCGUCCAGUCACAGGCGACUAGAGAUCAUCGCAACCCGGCUUGGCAAUGGUGCUGUGCAAAGAUUGGAAGUGCCCUCGGGCAGCUUAACGACAGCCAAAGGCUUGCGUUGUUCACCAGGAUGAACAAGUAUGUUCGUAAUGCACGAUGCGAUACGGACACAAGAAUGAGAGUUUCAUUCGCCUGGCUCCUCAUUCAGGCCUACGAUGCACGCCUAAGUACGGAAUCAUUCAUUAAGAUAUACAAAACCAACUCCGAGCGACAUAUGGAUCACAAUGGCUACCGAAUAUGGCAACUCGCAGUUGCCCACCUACACAGUCGCGGGAUGCUCCCCAAAGAUGCCCACAGACGCGUCGCCGGUUGGAAUUUCUACGACAGCCUGCCGCAAAGAUGGACGCUCCUUGCCAAGUCGUUAUCAACAACUGAGAAUGCCGACGCUAAGAUGGCCUCGCUGUGUGGCUUCCUUGCCGGUAUCGGUGAGACGUGGCAUCUCAUUGAGGGACUGAUCGCUGCCCACGCAGAGGCUCCGUGCACCGAGAUGCUUCGCGCCGUUGCCAAUGCAUCCGACAAGUUAGAUAUCACUAUCGCACUCCACAUUGCUGCCAACGAUACCAAGCACGGCAAUCAUCUACUUUGUGCAGAACCAGGCAAGACAACGGAGGGGCAUUUCGAGACAUUCAUGGCAUAUCCCAAAGCAGAAUCGUUUGCCUGGCGCGCUAUCAAGGCUCAAGGCGGCACCGUCGAGUCCAAGAUGGAACUGAUUGACUUGUUGAGCGAAAUGUACGCCUCGAGCGCCACGCUAAGCAGGAGUCAGCGGAUUCGACGCGCGCGGCGAGCAGUCGCCUACCAGGUGGCGCUCGUCGGGAGGAUAUCCCCGACCGUCUUGCGCAGCGUCAUUGCGGCUGUCACCCUGGAUCUCGACGAGGGACACUGGGGCCGCGAAACGCACUUGCGGUGGGCAACGGGGUUGGUUCGCGACCACGUGAGCCCCGAGGCCGCAGCAGAGAUGCAGAAGCAGCUGCAGGGGUGGCGGCAUCUGAUCCAAGAUGCCACUCCUCGGAUACCGACGUCUGGGAGAGUGUCAGCGACAGAGUCUGGGGGCGGUCUAGAUAAGGUAGACGCGUUUUGCACGUCUCAACUCCGAGACUCGUUAAAAUCUGAGCGAAGGGGACCCUCUGCUCUUUCAAAUCGCUUCAUCCGAGGGUAA